AUGAAGGACUACGAUCGCAAAUUUAGUUUGCUGAGUCUCUUCAAGAAUCCCUACAAGUUCACCGAUGCUCAGUCGUCACGCAAAUGCUCCACGACGAGUGGCAGCAGCAGCAGCAGCGCGAGCAAAGCGGCAACUAUUGCUGCCAACACUGGCGCUGUCUGCUCGCCGAGCUGGAAGAGCUAUGCGGGCGCGGGCUCACCGCAUGCUGCACUUAAUCCCGCCUUUGGGGGCAUGGCACUCGGAGGCGGCGGCGGCGGCGGCGGCGGUGGAGGUGGGGCGCGCAAGGACAGCAGCAGUUUUAGCGGCAUCAAUUUCGGUGGCAGUGGUGCGGGCAGCGGUGCAGCGUUCAGUCGCGAUGCUGCAUCCAAUGGCGGCGGCUACAAUGAUCUCUCCAAGAACCGCAAGGUACACAAGUGCGAUACCGAGGGCUGCGACAAGGUCUACACCAAAAGUUCGCAUCUCAAGGCGCACAAGCGCACGCACACAGGUGAGAAGCCGUAUGUGUGCACCUGGGAGGGCUGCAUCUGGCGCUUCGCCCGCUCCGAUGAGCUGACCCGCCACUACAGGAAACACACGGGCGUCAAGCCCUUUCGCUGUCAGCUGUGCACUCGGAGUUUCAGUCGAUCCGAUCAUCUCUCGCUGCACAUGCGACGCCACUGAGCCACUGAGCCACGGAGCCACUGAGCCACCGGCCAUAUGGAAAUAUGCAUACAUACAUAUAUACUCACUAUAGCCACGCGACGCCCAUGCCCAUGACCACGCCCACUUCAACAUCACACACAUAGUUAGGAAAGAAGCCCUCAAAUGAGGCCAUUUCUUGUUUUGUGACGUUUUUUUCUCUCCUUAUUAUUUAUAAAACUUCUGUUUCAUGCAUCAUUUCGUUCAGUUUUUAUGUCGUAACGCUUAAGUAGCUCAAUUUAGUUGGAUAAGCGGGCUCAAA